GUCAACAUCAACACAGCAUUUCUCCACACCAAGCUCACCAAGGAGAUUUACAUCUCCCAGCCCAAGGGGUUCAUUAACAAGCAACAACCCCACCACGUCAGACGACUGCUGAAGAGCCUCUAUGGGCUUAAGCAGGCACUGCUCAAGUGGAACCACACCAUCAACACCCAUCUGUGCAAGUCCCACUUAGAACCCACUGACUUGGACCUGUGCAUCUACAUUUGUCAAGGUCACCACUUGGCCAUCAUUGCACUCUAUGUUGAUGACUGCACCAUCAUCACUCACAAGUCCAAGCUCAGGGGUGUCAAGCAGAUCAUUGCUGAUGGCUUCCUGAUCAAGGAGAAGCAACCUCUCAAGAUCAACAACAUCCUUGCCACCUUUGGACUCACCAACAGCAAGCUGGUCUCCAUGCCAAUGCUGCUGAACCUACAGCUGCCAGUCAACACCAAGCAACAUGACACCUUUGAAUACCACAGCACCAUUGGCAUGCUGUUGUAUCUGGCACAUGCCUCAUGA